ACCGGUAGAGCUACCUGACAAAAGUCAACGUAGAAUUAAACAAAUUAAGUUGUUCGGUACAAACGUACCUAGUGCUGUGUACAUACAGAUAACCUCGAGCGCAACCACUUGGAGGGAUCCAGAUCACAUUAACUGUCACGAGAUAGAGGCUCUUUGUCAGUUGCAGCGCCGUUGAACCUGGCAAAGCAGUGAGCUUGCAAUAAACCAUUUCAACAAUCUGCGCUUGCUCUUUCAAUAAAUUAACUUAACAGAGCCGUUUGCAAACAACAUGGGGCUCAUAUCCGCUCUCGUCCUUCUUGUGAUAUGCGUCUGGCCUCCAGUUCUGGGCGCUGUUGGCAAGUACGAGCCCAACUGGGCCUCCCUCGACUCCAGACCUUUGCCUCCCUGGUACGACGAGGCCAAGAUAGGCAUCUUCAUGCACUGGGGGGUCUUCUCUGUACCCAGCUUCGGCUCAGAGUGGUUCUGGUGGAACUGGCAGGGCGCCCACGAUGCGGCUUACGUCAAUUUCAUGAAGCAGAACUACCCGCCGGGCUUCACCUACGCCGACUUCGCGCCGCAUUUCACGACGGAGUUCUACGACCCGAAGACCUUUGCUGAGAUCGUCCAGGCCUCUGGAGCUAAGUAUGUGGUGUUGACCAGCAAACAUCACGAGGGUUUCACCAACUGGCCCUCCAAGUAUUCCUGGAACUGGAACUCCAUGGAUGUCGGUCCCAAGAGAGAUCUAGUUGGCGAGCUGGCAACAGCUUUCCGGACUUAUGCCAAAGACGUUCAUUUUGGCCUGUACCACUCGCUGUUCGAAUGGUUCAACCCACUGUAUCUGCAAGACAAGAAGGGCGGCUUCAAGGCGCAGGAAUAUGUUCGGGACGUAGCCCUUCCAGAAUUGUACGAGAUCAUUGAGAACUACAAGCCUGACGUGCUGUGGUCGGACGGGGACUGGGAGGCUACUGCCGAUUACUGGAACAGCACCGAAUUCCUGGCGUGGUUGUACAACAGCAGCCCUGUCAAUGCCACGGUCGCAACGAACGAUCGAUGGGGCCAGGGAACUUCCUGCAAACAUGGCGGAUACUACACGUGCCACGAUCGCUAUAACCCAGGUGUUCUUCAAAAGCACAAAUGGGAGAAUGCCAUGACAAUUGACAGGAAGUCUUGGGGUUUUCGCCGGGAAGCCGUCUUGGCUGAUUAUUACGACAUGGAGUAUCUCACCAAAACCUUAGCAGAAACUAUCAGCUGCGGCGGCAACCUACUGAUGAACAUUGGCCCCACUCAUGACGGUCGCAUCGUGCCGAUAUUUGAAGAGCGACUGCGUCAGAUGGGUACCUGGCUGAAGGUCAACGGCGAAGCUGUCUACUCGACAAAGCCUUGGGUUGCACAAAAUGACACCAUGACACCAGGCGUAUGGUAUACCACAAAGGAAGGCCCCGUUUACGCCAUCGUGCUGGACUGGCCGGCCAAUAACGAACUGGACCUGGGCGUUCCUAUGGGGAAGGUGGGUCAGACGAAGGUGUCCAUGCUAGGCUACAAUAUGCCGCUGCAGUGGCGCCCUCUGCCAUCGGGUAAGGGACUCAACAUCACCAUGCCCGCCCUGAACGAGGCUCAGCUGCCAUGUCAGUGGGCGUGGGUCAUCAAGAUGGACAACCUAGUGAUGUGCUAGAAGCACAGGUACUGACUGGCUAUACCUGCAGUUGUCAAAAAGCUGUAGGUAUUACACAGCCAUCAAGAAACAAUACUGGCCCUAAAAUUUCCUCGUAUUAUUUCCAUUUGAUUACCAAACUAAACUUUUUUCUUUCAGUAUUUUGUACAAUAGCAUUUUUCUUCCUCUUUCGAAUAUUUCCCCUGAUUACUUUUUGCGGGGUGGCGGGGAGGCAGUUCAAUAACACAGUUGCUAAUUUCCAAAAAGUCUGAUACUGAAACACAGCAUGGUGUGCUCAUUAUAAGACCUUACAAUUUUUAUCGCGGAUAUCCUGCAGAAAUGCAUUCAUUGUCUGACUGAGGUGUGCUUUUACCGACAGACUUUGGAAGAGAGAAAAUUAAUACAUUUGUCGAUAGUGUUCGAAUGAUCGACCAAUGGUUUAACUAGUAAACCUAACCCAAGGGAAGUUCCAUAGCGGCAAAAUAAGUUGUCUCCGUUACUGAAAAGACAAAGUGGGUGAAACAGUACCGCUACAAUGUGAUUAGCACUUAGUACUUAAAUUUUUGUAUGUAAUAAACCUCUUAAGUACAAUCCUGUAUACAAAUGCACUGCUUGUGUAUACUUAUCUUGGGGGUUAUUGCUGUGACCAAAAAAUAUCCACUUGCAGUUUAACAGAUAAAUCCAAUAUUGCCAUUAUAUAGCUGUUGUAUAGCUAUUAUCACGAAUCACCAAAGAGCAUAACUGUUGUUGGCCUCUACGAACAGUUAACAAUGAUCAUUUAUUUAAUUGAAGGUUUUAUUUGAUGGAUAUGAAGUUCAUCAACUUACAUUAAUGCUGGUUUGGGACUGAGUUGAUAGAACGUUUAAUUGGCUGACAUGCAGUAUUUCGUACUAUUGACUCACACUUCGCGUGUGAUACUGUAUUAAUUGAUUAACAUCAAUUUGCAUAUUUCAACGCAAUUUUUCUAUUGGCAAAUAAAACUUAUUUUACAAGUUA